AUGGAGGGGCCGCAGGACAAUCACCAAGAUGCGACAAGCCUUAAUAAGCUGGAUGACCCCCUCCAAAGCACCAGCCCUCAGAUUUCUGUCAGUGAAUUUUCUUGCCACUGCUGUUACGACAUCCUGGUUAACCCUACCACCUUGAACUGCGGGCACAGCUUCUGCCGGCACUGCCUAGCUUUAUGGUGGGUGUCCUCGAAGAAAACAGAGUGUCCGGAAUGCCGAGAAAAAUGGGAAGGCUUCCCCAAAGUCAAUAUUCUUCUCAGAGAUGCGAUUGAAAAGUUAUUUCCUGAUGCCAUUCGAAUACGAUUGGAAGACAUUCAGCAGAAUAAUGACGUCGUGCAGAGCCUCACGGUCUUUCAGAAAUACGGGAACGAUCAGAUGCCUGUGGCCGCCAACGCAGGCAGAGUGAAUCAGCGGAGAGGAGGAGGGUUCUUCUCCGGAGUGCUCACGGCUUUAACUGCAGUGGCAGUGGUGCUACUUGUGUAUCACUGGAGCAGCAGGGAGGCCGAGCACGACCUCCUGGUUCACAAGGCUGUGGCCAAGUGGACGGCAGAGGAAGUUGUGCUCUGGCUGGAGCAGCUGGGCCCGUGGGCCUCUCUCUACAGAGACCGGUUCUUAUCUGAGAGGGUAAAUGGAAGGUUGCUUUUAACUUUGACAGAGGAAGAGUUUUCAGGGGCGCCGUUUACGAUAGAAAACAGCAGCCACCGCAGGGCCAUCCUCAUGGAACUGGAGCGCGCCAAAGCUCUCGGUGUGAAGCCCCCCCAGAAUCUCUGGGAGUACAAGCAUCUUCGAGAGCCCACGUGGAAGCAGUGGAGGGAGUUCCUGGUCAAAUACUCCUUCCUCCCGUACCAGCUGAUUGCGGAGUUUGCGUGGGACUGGCUGGAGGUCCAUUACUGGACGUCACGGUUUCUCAUCGUCAAUGCCAUGCUGCUCUCGGUGCUGGAGUUCUUCUCCUUCUGGAGGAUCUGGUCCAGAAGCGAACUGAAGACAGUACCUCAGAGGAUGUGGAGCCAUUUCUGGAAAGUAUCGACGCAGGGGCUCUUUGUGGCCAUGUUCUGGCCCCUCAUCCCACAGUUUGUUUGCAACUGUUUAUUUUAUUGGGCCCUGUACUUUAACCCAAUCAUUAACAUCGACCUUGUGGUCAAGGAGGUGCGGCGGCUGGAGACCCAAGUGUUGUGA